AUAAAAAUCGGUGUUACGCGAGAGACCGCCGCCAGGUUCGCUCUGCUGCCGCCAUCGCAGCGUCAUCUGGUCUACGUACGUCCAUAUUCCCCCGGUGUUUAUGUUUGUGUGCGUGUGUCUCAGCCUUCUCUAUCGAAACAAUUUAUUGCGUUUUUUACGAAUUAGAACCGCUGACGGCCACAUGGCAGCAGCAGCUCCUAACGCAGAGGACACGAACCGAGGCGGCGGUGCUUCCAGCACAGCCGGAGCUUUAGCGGGAGAUGGAGACUCGGAAGAGGCCGAAGAAUUCGCAUCUGCAACCCACUGCUCGGAGCUUUCUCGCAGACAGAACGAGCAAAGGAAACUCGGGCUUUUCUGCGACGUGACUUUGGCCUUCAGCAGCGGUGGCGCUACGGCAGACACGAGAAACAGUUUUGAGUUCAGCGCUCACCGGUCGGUACUUGCCGCAGCUACGGACUAUUUCACCCCGCUCCUCGGUGGCCAGUUCUCAGAGUCUGUCUCGCGUCGGGUGGAGAUGAAGGAGUGGAGCAGUGAGGCUGGCCCUGAUCAGGAGACGGUGGAGAGCGUCAUCCAGUUUAUGUACACCGGAGAAAUACGAGUCAGCACUGCCAAUGUGCACGACGUGCUGGAGCUGGCGGACAGGUUCCUCCUAGUUCAGCUGAAGGAUUUCUGUGGUGAGUUCCUAAAGAGGAAGCUGAGCCUGACCAACUGUGUGGCGGUGCACAGCCUGGCCCACAUGUACACCCUGGACCAGCUCGCCCUGCGAGCCGCUGACAUGAUCCGUCGAAACUUCCACAAGGUCAUCCAGGAUGAGGAGUUCUACACUCUCCCCUUCCACCUGGUCCGUGACUGGCUGUCUGAUGCAGAGAUCACUGUAGAUUCUGAGGAGGUGUUGUUCGAUGCUGUUGUGAAGUGGGUGCGUAAGAAUGGUGAGGAGCGGGAGAAAUACUUUGAGGAGCUGUUCCGUCUCCUCCGCCUUCCUCAGAUCAAACCCACCUACCUGACGAGGGUGGUGAAGAAUGAACCUCUGGUGGCGCGGAAUGCAGCCUGCCUCCAGCUGCUGUCUGACGCUGUCGAGGGUCAUGCCAUUCGCUUCGAGAACCUGAAGUCGGCCGAUGCUGAGUUCUGGGCAUCGCACACGGCUGCGUUCCAGCCGCGGUUUGGCCAGAACAUGGAUGUCAUCAUGGUGGUCGGAGGCGUGUCUGAAGGUGGGGACUACCUGAGCGAGUGUGUAGGGUAUUUUGUGUAUGAGGACCGUUGGGUCAAUCUUCCACAUAUUCACAAUCACCUGGAUGGUCAUGCUAUUGCAGCAACGGAGUCACAUGUGUAUGUGGCAGGAUCCAUGGAGCCUGGCUUUGCCAAGACGGUGGAGAGGUACAAUCCAAAUCGCAACACCUGGGAGCAGGUGAGCAACCUGACCACACGCAAGCAUUCCUUCGGGCUCACAUGCAUCAAGAACAUUCUCUAUAGCAUUGGUGGUCAUGGUAACUUCAGCCCUGGCUUCAAGGACGUGAGUGUGUAUGAGCCUGAGCAGGACAAGUGGCACAACCUGGAGUCUGCACCCAAAAUUCUGAGAGACGUGAAGGCCAUCAGCGUGGAGGAUCGCUUUGUUUAUGUUACGGCACGGACACCUGUCGACACAGACAACGACGAUGGUCUCAAAACAGUCACUACGCGUUACGACACUGACAGUCGCCAGUGGCAGGAAGUGGACUCCCUCCCGCUCAUCGAUAACUACUGUCUGUUUCAGAUGGCCGUGGCCUCCACUAACUUCUACCAUACUGCUUCUUGUUGUCCCCGGAGCUACACUAACGUCCGUGACGAUGCGGCCCGCCAGAAGAUCAGUGCAAGGAUCUCCGACGACAUCCUCGAGAGCCUCCCACCGGAAGUCACCAGCAUCGAGGGUGCUGCCAUUUGUUACUUGGGUGAUGACGUGUUCGUAAUCGGCGGCUGGAAGAACAGUGAUGAUGUGGACAAGCAGUACCGCAAGGAGGCGUAUCGCUACUGUGCCGAGCGCAAGCGCUGGAUGCUUCUGCCCCCCAUGCCCCAGCCGCGAUGCCGAGCCACGGCCUGCCACGUGCGGAUCCCCUACCGCUUCCUGUAUGGCUGCCAGCGCUACCCCAUGCCUCAGAACCUGGCCAGGCAGCGUGACCGCAUGCAACAGAUGCAACAGCUGCACCGCCGCACACUCACCCUGCGCAGGCAGCUGCAGUCCCAGAUUGAGUGCUGAGUCCUCCAUGCCACUGGGGGCAGUAGGAAAAUCUCAUUACACUGCUCAAAAAAGUAAUAACAGUCUGCUAUUGGCAUGCCACAUGAGCUGAUUCUGCUUCGCUGUACAUAUAUUUGUAUGUUAUUUGUAAGUUAUUUGUCUGUUUUUAGUCCAGUAUUUUUUGGGGGGUAGGUAAAUGACAUGGCUAAGGAGUGUGUAUAUAAGUGUGUAUAUAUUACAUACUAUAUUGCCAAAAGUAUUCGCUUACCCAUCCAAAUCAUUGAAUUCAGGUGUUCCAAUCACUUCCAUGGCUACAGGUGUAUAAAACCAAGCAACUAGGCAUGCAGACCGCCUCUACAAACAUUUGUGAAAGAAUGGGUCGCUCUCAGGAGCUCACUGAAUUCCAGCAGUGUACCAUGAUAGGAUGACACCUGUACAGCAAGUCCAGUUAUUAAAUUUCCUUGCUACUAAAUAUUCCACAGUCAACUGUUAGUGGUAUUAUAACAAAGUAGAAGCGAUUGGGAAUGACACCACCUCAGCGUGAAGUGGUAGGCCAUGUAAAAUGACAGUGUAGUCAGUGGAUGCUGAGGCGCACAGAGGUUGCCAACUUUAUGCAGAGUCCAUUGCUACAUACCUCCAAACUUCAUGUGGCCUUCAGGUUAGCUCAAGAACAGUGCGUAGAGAGCUUCAUGGAAUGGGUUUCCAUGGCCGAGCAGCUGCAUCCAAGCCUUACAAAUGCGCAUCUGGAAAAAUGGUCAACAAUUCCCAUGAACACAUUCCUAAACCUUGUGAAAAGCCUUCCCAGACAAGUUGAAGCUGUUAUAGCUGCAAAAGGUUGACCAAUCUCAUAAUAAACACUAUGUAUUAAGAUUGAGAUUUCACUCGAGUUCAUUUGCAUGCGAAGGCAGACGAGCGAAUACUUUUGUCAAUAUAGCGUAUAUACAUUAUAUAAUGUAUAGAACACGAAUGAUCGCUAUAGAAAGUUGCCAUUAUUUUGUCAAGUAUAUUGUUCAGUCAUACCUGUUUCCUGUGUACAAUUGAAGCAUAGCUUCAAAGCCUUGCUUAAAUUUGCCUUAAUUUUUGCUGCUUGUAGUCACACGUAUGAGGUGAUGUAUUAAUGAGGUGACGUAUCAUUCCGUUUUUGAACACAACAUGCACAGUACAGUGUUGGUGGUCUCUGCUUUCUAAGAGUGAGAGCUGCCCACAAGAAAAACCCUGACUUGGCUGUUUCCCCAUCCCCUGGUCCAGGUAAUGCUACUCAUUGUGAGCUCUGCAGUUUAGUAGAAUGGUACAAUUUAUGAUUUACUGAUUUACUGGAGGGAAUCUGACUGGUGUAAUGUGCCACACUAAGGAAGAACUGACCAAUUCUGCUGGAUCAUAUCUCAUCAGUUGCUUUUUCAUUAACAUGUUUAGCUUGCCAAACUUCACCGCACUGUCUCUGGCUGUCCUGAAAGCUCUUGUUUUUCUGCUUAAACUAUAGGUCAGUCGUGGGCUUGCUCCUCACUGUGGGUGAAGCUUUUCUGAGCACGCUGCACAUGUUGAUGCUGCAGAGGAUUUUCCCUCUCCAUCCUGUGGGGGCGCUAAUGUUCAGUGGGUGAGAAACUCCCAUCUGAGAAAGAUAUGUGAAAAGGAAUUGGUUUUAAUUUAAGGUUCACUUGGUUCAUGCAGAUCACAAGUGAAUGGCAAAUGUUUGGAUUCUCUUAGUUACCAUUUUACAAACUGAAACUUUUUUUUAAAAUGUAGCAUGGUCUUUCACAUAAAAGUGGCGGGGCAUUUUUUUUGUGUGACCUUCCUGAUUAGAUCCUAUACUUUUUGUGUAGGCUCUGCACCUGUGGGCUGUGUAGGAGGGCUGUGUUUAAUCAGUGUUCCUAUGGUUACAGGAAAAGGGACCAUUAUAGUAGGUGGAUGUCAGGAUAGUUUUUAAGUGGAUGGGAGUGGGUGUUUUGUUUUUAUUUUGCCUACCUCAAUUACACAUCUUAACACAAUCAUUGCUGACCUUCAGAACUGUACAAUCCUGAGAGCCUGGUUCCUGGAUGUGCUGGGUCCCACUGUAUUUCAUCACAUGGAGAUGAGUAACAUUCCGUGUCUGUCAGAUGUCUGCAAACUGACAGCCAACAGAGCCAUUCACAUUAGCCAGCUAAGGAAAUAACUGUCAUGCACUUCUUUAAUGUAAAGUAUGUAUGUAAGUAUUUGUGUGUGUGUGUGUG